AAUUGACUAGUGGGCUGGUAGGGUUGCCUCCCUAUUGUUAAAUUCAUCCCUCUUUCAAGUAGAUCUUCUUUAACUACAACUACAAGACUAAUUUGGAGUUUCAAUCCAUUAAAAAAAUGGCUCACUUGAGAAAGUUUGAGCACCUCAAAAUACAAAUCGAUGCUAUAAUAUCCGCAACCAACAACUUCGCUGAUGAAAGUUGCAUUGGGAGUGGGGGAUUCGGAAGGGUGUACAAGGGAACGAUUGCGGGUUUUGAUGGGCAUCCGAUGGUUGCUUUGAAGCGUUUAGAUCGCCGUCUAGCUGGGCAAGGAGAUAUCGAGUUUUGGAAGGAGAUCAUGAUGCUUCCACUAUACAAACAUGAUAAUAUUGUGUCUCUCUUAGGGUUUUGUGAUGAUUGUGGCGAGAAGAUCCUUGUGUACGAGUAUGUACCCAACAAAAGUCUUGACUAUUAUCUCGCGAGUGAUAAUCUAAGAUGGAUUAGACGCCUUAAAAUAUGCAUUGGGGCGGCUCGUGGAUUGGCUUACCUUCAUAGUCCAGUUGGAACCCAAGAAAGAGUAUUGCAUCGGGAUAUCAAGAGUUCUAAUAUUUUAUUAGAUCAAAAAUGGAACGCCAAGAUCUCAGAUUUUGGUCUCGCCAAGUUCGUAUCUGCCAAUCACAAGUACACAUUUUAUUACUCUAAUGCUGUAGGCACGCUUGGAUAUCUCGACCCACUUUACGCAGAGACUGGGUUAUUAACAAAAGAGUCAGAUGUUUACUCUUUUGGUGUUGUAUUGUUUGAAGUACUGUGUGGGAGGUUGUGCUUCGCCAGCGAAAAAGAUAGACGACCACCUUUAAUAGGAUUGGCGCGAGAGUCUUAUGAACAAAACACAAUAAACGAAAUCGUUUAUGGUAAUAUAAAACAAGAAAUACAUCCUGAAUCUUUGCAGGUGUAUGCAAAAAUCGCUUACCAAUGUUUGAAGAGAAACCGUGAAGAACGCCCAUCAAUGAGAGUCGUUGUGGAGGAACUUGAAACCGCACUUAGUUAUCAAUAUGUUAGGGCUACGCGUCCCGAAGAUAUCGAAGAGUAUGCUAGCUCUGAGGGUGGAGGGUGGCUUGUUGUUACAAUCCAUGAAGCAAAUAAUCUCGAAGGGAAACAUCCAUUCGUCAUAUUGCGUGUUGGAGAUGACAUUAAACGAACUACGACUAUAAAGAACAAUCGAAAUCCGGUAUGGAAGGAAACAUUUAGGUUUACCUUAGAAAAGCCUACAAAAGCAAUUUUGCAUUUGUUUGUUUGUUCUGCCAAUUGGAAUGGAAAGUUGGUUCUGGGUGACGUGGAAAUAAGUGUUGCUGACGUGGUAAAAGAAAAACAGAUGAACAAUAGAUACAACAUUGGAAAUGGUCGGAUUCACGUGGAGUUGCAAUGGGAAAGUUCGGCAUUGCCACUUAAAGCAAAGCCAAAAUUGUUGCAGUUCAUGAGUUCAGUUGCCCGUUUCAUGGUGGCCGUACCCCAUAUUGACAAAAGUGGAAAGAUAUAUAUACGGGCCUAAUACUGACUAAACCCAAAAAUACGUAUAUCAUCUGUUUUGUAUAGCUGGACUUAUCAAUUUCUUCAAAAACAAGUUGUUUCAUUUC